CAUGCUGGGAGUGAUAAUUACUCCCUCGUUUUACUUUCUUUGAAAUAUGAAAGUGGAGGAUAAAAUUGAACUUCAAAGUGUAGCAAAGGAGAGCUGUUCAACUUAUUUGUUUAUGGAAGGUAACCCUAAAGGAAAAAGGAACACAGAAGUAUGAUGGCAAGAAAUGAUUUAACAGGUGGUAGAGUACAAAUGGAAACUUAUCAAGAACUGGUAUGUUUCCCCUCUUUGGCAGGUGGAUUACAACAACAAUCGAUUUAUCUCGCAGUGGUAAAUGUGAUCCUCUCUCUCACUACAAUUCUUGGGAAUUCUCUAAUCCUUGUUGCCCUUCGUAAAGAAUCUUCCCUCCAUCCGCCAUCCAAACUUUUGUAUCGUUGUCUAGCAACAACUGAUCUUUUGGUUGGUCUUGUUACCCAGCCUCUCUAUCUUAUUCAUUUGAUAUCCAUAGCUAACGAACACUGGAAUCUUUGUCGAUACACAAUGGAAGCCGCAAUCUUAACCAGCUUUGCAUUAUGUGGAGUAUCUUUGGGGACAAUGACGGCCAUAACCGUUGACAGACUUCUCGCCCUGUUGUUGGGGCUGAGAUACAAACAAACUGUAACUUUGAAGCGCACAAAUAUUCAAUUAGCUUCCGUUUGGAUUUUAUGUAGUGUUGCUGCUUUAUGCUACAUUUUAGAUUACCGUAUCACCUUCUGGUUUGGAUAUAUCAGUAUUCCAUCUUGUUUACUGAUCUCGAUGAUCUCGUACAUAAAGAUAUUUCGCACCCUCAUUCAUCAUCAAGCACAAGUACAAGUUCAUGCUCAACUACAGUCGAGUCAACCAAAUUCACUGAACAUUUCGCGGUACAAAAAGGCGGUGUACAGUGUACUGUGGGUGCAGUUAGCAUUAGUUGUUUGUUAUGUACCAUUUACCAUAGUUGAGAUCCUGUUUAAGGAGGCUAGUAAAAUAACAUUUUCAUCACAUUCACUCGCCAUCAGAGGAAUAGCAGCAACUUUAAUUUACUUCAACUCGACGUUAAAUCCGUUUCUUUACUGCUGGAAGAUUAAUGAAGUGAGACAAGCAGUGAAGCUGACAAUCAGACAAGUAUUUUGCUGUCCAUGGAGUUAUAUCUGCCUCGAUUGA